UUUUUGAUUCCAAACAUACAAUUACUCGAUCCCUUCCUUCUUCGAUUCUUUCAUUGUUUCCUUGUCUUCUCCAGCACCGUCACCACUGUUGGCCACUACUUUUCCUUGCUUCUUCCUUCUUUCUUUUUCUUCCUCCCUUUUCCUUCAUUCUUGUUCUUUCUCUUCCUACAACUCCAUCUAUUCCCUUGCUUCUCCAUAGCAAAGAAUCCAAAAAAUCGGGGUACUCAUCACACAAUUUGGGUACACAUCACUCGCUAGUAACCAUUGAUUUCAUCCCUUUGGAUCUAGUUUUUUUUUAUUCUAUCAGAUUUGAAAAUUUUCAAUUUUUUUUUUUUUGCUCUAGCUAGCACCUAGAUCUAAACUCUUGGAUCCCAGAAACACCAAACUACCUAAUCCCUCUCCCUCCCAUGAAAACCACCUCGUUUUCCCAUCACUACAUCCUCCUUCCUUUAAAGCAGCACUGAAACUAGCACCACCAUUUCAAUUUAUUCCCCACAAAGAUCCAUAUUGCUGAAAUGUUGAGCUAUCCCCUUCGGUUCAUGAUCGGGGAUUCAAAGAUUUUGGUUACCAAACUUGCUGACAUCACCAAAACUCUGCAGACACCGAUUCUACCAGACCCUCCAUUCAGGCCAAGCUGCACUUCCUCUUACCAGAGUUGGUGGCGAGACUACUUUCAUCCUCGGUUUCUUGAUGUUAUGGAGAAUAUUUCUGUUCUGACCCCUCCGCCACUCACCAAAAAAUCCGAAAGGAGGAAAGUAGUGAAAGAGAAUGAGGACCUGGAAUCUGCCAUGGCCGCCCAGAUCAGCCAGCCAAAUCUGCCAAGGAGAGCUCCCAAGCUUCAAGUCAAAAGGAAAUUUGUUGCUCCUGCAGAUUCCACGAAAGAGGAUACCCCCACCAAGCAGCGAAGAACCGGAGGGAUCAAGAGGUCAGCAGUAAAGCCAUCCGCAGCCAAGAGACUUAUGAAAUCUGCCUCUCCCUCGAGAUCCUCUUCUGCCACGGAGACCGAGACGCAAUUUGACAAAACAGAAGAUGUUUCCCUCGGUCCUGCUGCCACGAAAGCUCCUGUUGAAGACAUAUCUUCUGAGGGUGAUGAAGGCGAUUCUGGCUCCUCUCGCACCAAAUCUGCCGAUGGUUCUUCACCCGCCACCAAGGUUAAAGGUUCUAGAUUCUCUUCACGCAUAGCAAGUAAAAGCUUUAGAACAGUUAGACCGAAUGAACUCGUCGGUCUAAGCUCAGACAAAGAGAAUACCCCUACACCUAUAGCUUCUCCUGCUAGGCAUGUUCAUGUUGAUGACUUUGAGAGUGUUGCUGUUGAUGUGCCCAUGAUUGAUGAUGAUUUGGAGAAUGAACUCCUUGCCCAGCUGGAUAUGUUGAUGGAUACUCCGGCUAAAUCUGGAUCUGCCACAGAUAGUAAAGGGAAGGCAGUUGUUGAGGAAGUGGAAUCUGACACCAACCUUCCUACUCAGGAGCAGAUUAGUUUUGCGAUCAUGACCUUGCAGGAGCUCCUUGAUGGUGGUCCCUCCCAUUUCUGCAAGGUGCCGGACCAGCCAGCCGCCUUUGAAGCGGCUCAAAUCCUUAGCUGAGCUCCACAGUUAUCAUCAUCUCAACAAAAAUUCUGGGCAGACUUCACCUCCAUUUAUACGCACUUCAGCAGAAAAUUCCGGUUGCUUGAAAGCAAAGUAGCGGCUGCAGAUUCUGUCAGGAAGUCUGUAGCAGACAGCACUGCCGCUGUCUUGAAGAAGAAAGAAGAAUUCUUGGCAGCAAAGGAGGCUCAUGUCACGCAAAUUACACAUGUCCAAGGGCUUAAAGAAAAAAUCUCUAACCUUGAAGCCGAGCUUUCGGAGUUGA